UCCGGCGCUUGGAGUCGUCGUCGUCAUCCCUCCUCGUUUUUUUGUAGUCUGAUCUCUUCAGUCAUUCUUUGCUCCAUUCAUCCUUUUUGCCUAAAAUACAUUUCCAGUUGCACAACUCGAAAUGAUUCUGUUUUUAGAAUGGGACGUGACGAAACUCGUGUGUAUGUGGGCAAUUUGCCCCCAGAUUGUCGUGAGAAGGACCUCGAAGAUAUCUUCGCGAAAUAUGGGAAGGUUCGCUUCAUCGACAUCAAGGGCGGACGUGGCCCGGCAUUUGCUUUCGUCGAAUUCGAUGAUGCACGUGACGCCGAAGAUGCAGUCCGUGGCCGAGAUGGCUACGACUUUGAUGGAUCGCGUAUUCGCAAUCACUUCAAGGAUCAUAUGCGUGAGGCGGGAGAGGUUUGCUACGCGGACGUUUCUCGCGACGGCACCGGCACGGUCGAGUUCGUACGUCUUGACGACAUGAAAUAUGCACUAAAAAAGCUGGAUGACACGAAAAUUCCGGAGAGACAGGGUACAUUCGCGUACUCCCCGUCGUUCACGUUCGCAGAAGUCGCUCGGCGUCAGGAUCUCCAAGAUCAAAGUCUCGCAGCCCAUCCCGUGAUUGAGAACGUUGAGGAACAUCGAGACGUCAAUGGUAUAUUUUUUUCGUAUAUCAAAGUCAUCCUCCACUGUGAGAAAGGGAUGAGGAAAGGAGGAAAUGAUAAACGGUGGAGUAAAGCACAUACUGCAGCAUAUGAGAUUGGCCUUAUUCAGUGGAAUCAGUUACGGAACCAUGGACAAAUGGGACGUGACGAAACAAGAAUUUAUGUGGGUAAUCUGCCUCCGGAUUGCCGUGAGAAGGACAUUGAGGAUAUCUUCGCGAAAUACGGAAAGAUCCGCUUCGUCGACAUCAAGGGCGGCCGUGGACCUCUAUUCGCAUUCGUUGAAUUUGAAGACUCACGUGAUGCUGAAGACGCAGUGCGCGGCCGAGAUGGCUACGAUUUCGACGGAUCUCGUAUUCGCGUUGAGUUCACCCGUGGAGCAGGACCACGAGGUCCCGGUCUCCCAGCGACCGGCUCUUGGCAAGAUCUGAAGGACCAUAUGCGCGAGGCUGGAGAGGUUUGUUAUGCGGACGUUGCUCGCGAUGGCACCGGAACCGUGGAAUUCACUCGUCUUGAUGAUAUGAAGUAUGCACUGAAGAAACUCGACGAUACGAAGGAGAGACAGGCUACAUUCGUGUGCGUGAAGACACCAGUGGCGGCGGCAGCAGCGGAGGAGGAGGAGGUCGCGGUCGCUCGCGAUCACGCAGUCCUCGCGGCAGAGAUUCGCCGAAGUAUAGCCCACGUCGCUCUCGCUCGCAGAGUCGCUCGGCUUCGCGAUCCCCGUCACGCUCACGAUCUCGCAGUGCCUCUCGUGACUAACACUCAAGUACUGACAUCGGUCGUGGAUCAGCAAUGCGUUAAUGGUAUAUUUCAAGUACUACGUUCGGAAUGGGACGCGACGAAACAAGAAUCUACGUCGGCAAUUUGCCUCCAGAUUGUCGUGAGAGAGAUAUUGAAGAUAUUUUUUCGAAAUAUGGAAAAAAUCCGAUUUGUCGACAUAAAAGGUGGACGAGGACCUCUUUAUGCAUUCAUCGACUUCGAAGACCCACGUGGCCGUGGAGGAUAUGGUGGCUAUGGUGGAGAUUUUGGUAGUAGCCGUGGACGUGGCGGACCACCUAAUCGCCGUUCCAACCACCGCGUUAUCGUAGAAGGCCUUCCACCAACUGGAUCAUGGCAGGAUCUCAAGGAUCACAUAAUGCGUGGGCCGGAGAGGUUUGCUACGCCGAUGUGGCACGUGAUGGAACCGGUGUUGUGGAAUUUAUUCGUUUUGACGACAUGA